UUAGGUAAAAUGUCUUGGCUAGGUAAUGGAUGUUUAAGUGGGAUAUAUUUAUUAUUUUUUGUAUACUAUAUGACAGGUAGAUAUGGUGGUUACUGUCAAGUAUGCAGCACUGGAUGUCUAAAUGCUGCAUGUGAUAACUCCACUGGUAACUGUACAGAUGGCUGUAUACAAGGCAGAUAUGGUACCAGCUGUGAAUCAUCAUGUAUAGUUACUAACUGUACAGGUAACUGUGAUAGGAACACAGGACAAUGUUCUAACUGUACACGGGGUUACUAUGGUAUGAACUGUCAACAGAGAUGUAAUGAGGGUUGUAUAAACAGUUACUGUAACAAAGAUUCUGGUGGCUGUAGAGACGGAUGUAGAUUAGGUUUUACUGGUACUAACUGUCAAUCAGCAUGUAUAGUUACUAACUGUAUAGGUAACUGUGAUAGGAAAACAGGACAAUGUUCUAACUGUACACAAGGUUAUCAUGGUGCCAACUGUCAGUCAACAUGUACAGUUACUAACUGUAACGGUAACUGUGAUAGGAAUACAGGACAAUGCUCUAGCUGUACACAAGGUCAUCGUGGUACCAACUGUGAACAGUCCUGUAACAGUGGAUGUAUAGACAACUAUUGUAAUAAAGAUAAUGGUAACUGUACACGAGGUUGUAUAAAAGAACGCCAUGGCCCAACUUGUGCAUCAACAUGUACUAUAACUAACUGUAUUGAUAACAACUGUGAACGGGAUACGGGGGAAUGUUCUGUCUGUAAAAAAGAUUACUAUGGCACCAACUGUGAACAGUCCUGUAACAGUGGAUGUAUAGACAACUAUUGUAAUAAAGAUAAUGGUAACUGUACACGAGGUUGUAUAAAAGAACGCCAUGGCCCAACUUGUGCAUCAACAUGUACUAUAACUAACUGUAUUGAUAACAACUGUGAACGGGAUACGGGGGAAUGUUCUGUCUGUAAAAAAGAUUACUAUGGCACCAACUGUGAACAGUCCUGUAACAGUGGAUGUAUAGACAAAUAUUGUAAUAAAGAUACUGGUGACUGUGCCUAUGGUUGUACUAACGGAACAUAUGGUCCCAAUUGUGCAUCCACAUGUGUAGUAACUAAUUGUCCAGAUAAUUGUGACCGGAAUACUGGACUGUGUAGUGCAUGUAAACAAGGAUUCUUUGGUCCAAACUGCCAAUUACCCUGCUCGGAUGAAUGCAUUGGGGGUUGUGAUAAUGUCACUGGUACUUGUACUAAAUGUAAACCUGAAAGAGUUGGACCAUACUGUAACAUGUCAUGUGGAUCUGGAUGUGUCCAAAUUGAAGCGAAGUUUACAGAAAAUUGUUAUAGAAAUGGAACAUGUAAUACCUGUAUUGAAGGAAGACAUGGUGAUAGAUGUGAUCUGAAAUGUAGUACAGGAUGUGUGUCUGGAUGUCGACAAAUCGAUGGAAGAUGCAACAAUUGUAUCAGAGGUAAAAGUGGAUCGACGUGUAAUAGAAACUGUGGUAGUUAUUGUACUGCCUGUCAACAAGAUGAUCACAACCAUUGUUCAGAAUGUGUACCAGGGAAGACAAGUAUUAAUUGUACGGCAGAUUGUCCUGCAGGUCUGUAUGGUAUGGGGUGUAAAAAUAAAUGCGGUAACUGUGCUAACAAUACACCAUGUCAUGUUGUUAAUGGAGAAUGUGGAACAGUUGGCUGUUUGCCAGAUUUUACUGGAACAACAUGUCAACAACUAAGAUCAACAGCUGACAUAGAAGGGGUAAGCCCUGCUGUUGGUGGUGUUAUUGGCGCUGUGUUUGGAAUAGCUGUAACCAGUAUUGUCUGUAUUGUAGGCGUAUUCUUCUAUAUCAAAAGAAAAUAUCCAGUCACGCAAUCGUCAACUGAAGCAGGUUCAUGCCAAUUGACCACUCGGCCUCAAGCAAGAAAAACCCCAAAGAAAUCAGAAAAUUGUCCUUACGAUUCAGCAAAACGUGGAUCACGUAAAGACGAUCGGCCAUAUGAAAACUUGAAUAAAGCGUCAACUUCAAACCAACCACGCGAUGAGACAUAUGUUAAUUCGGAGUCUGCUCGAAAGCAGGAGGCAAAUCCAUACGUUAAUGUAAAUAAAGCCUGAUCAAAAUAGUCUAAUGUGUAAAAUUAUCCCCUUUAUUUUUAAUACUACACUUUGCUGUUUAUGUAAUUAUAUCAUUAUAUACUAAGCAGCAAAAGAAACGUUAGGUUGGUAUGUUACUCUGAAUAGACGCAAUGCAUAAAACUUGCCAAAUGUUUUUAUUGUAUAUUUGUGACCACAUCUCCAGCUUUACUUGAGCAAUAUGGCUCCUUCCCAAACAGAAUUGAACCCAGGAAAUGUUCUCAAAAACGCAACCUGACUUCUCAGAUGGUAAUGUGUUGUCCAUGAUUUCCAUGUAACCCAUGCUGCACGAGAUGUUCACCGGGACCAGUCCUAUAAAAUACACCCAUAUACCUGGUUGAAUCAUUCACACUACAACGUCAACAGCUCAGAGGAACCAGGCGAUUGGAAGACUCGACGCUGACCACACUGCCCAAGGCGUUGGCAAUUACUUCCAGGUCAAUGUUCGGACCAUCUACAGACUUCAGCAACGCUUUCGGCCCACCAAUACCACGGAUGAUCGUCACCAAACUCGUAGACCAAGGGUCACAACAAGGCGACAAGACCGCCGUGUUGUGCGACAUCACGUGCAGAAUCCCUUCACACAGGCAUCUGAGACAGCACGUCAGACAGUGGGAACACACGGACGACCCAUCAGUACCGAUACAGUGCGCCAACGUCUCACUAGAGAGAACAUCCUUUGCCGUACAUCUUACCAUGGACCGAUCCUCACCCCUCGCCAUCGACGCGAACGUCUACACUUUGCCCAACAACACCAGAACUGGCGACACAAGCAAUGGAGAAAUGUUCUGUUCACAGAUGAGAGUCGGUAUUGCGUAUCAACUGCAGAUGGCAGGACCAGAAUAUGGCGUCGACGUGGCCAGCGUUUUUCUGACCAAUGUGUCAUGGAACGAGACAUAUGGGGAGGUCCAAGAAUAAUGGUUUGGGGUGGAAUCGGCCUGAAUCGGAAAGGGGGUCCUGUGGUGUACAAAACUCUUAGUUCACGGAGAGUAGGCGGCAUCACAGCAGUGCGCUACAUCGAUCAAGCUCUCAGACCACACUUCAUACCACAUUUCGCGCGUCAUCGAAACAACGUUUUCCAGCAUGACAACGCCCGUGCCCACACCGCCAGAGUUACUUGGACUCGGGACUUUUUACAGCAGCACGGUGUCAACGUUAUGCACUAGCCAGCCCUUAGUCCGGACUUAAACCCGAUUGAACAUCUUUGGGAUGAAAUUCAGAGGAGACGUAAUAACGUCAUACCGAGACCAAACACAGUCGAUGGAUUGCGCCAGGCUUUUCUGAGAGUGUGAUUCAGGUGGCGUUCAUCAGUCGUCUGGUCCAUUCCAUGUACAGACGCUGCGCUGCUGUUAUUGACACUCGCGGUGGACACACCAGAUACUGAUGUAUAGACUGCGUACAGACUCUAACCCCUUUCGUAAUGUCAUGGAAUUAUGAUGAAUUAAUCACUAAUGUGUCAACAUACUGUUCACAAAAAACUGCUUUGAUCCAUUUAGUAAGUCGUUUUCUAGAAUGAUUUGACUAAAGUCCCUCUCUGAUUUUCAAAUCGUACUGACGGUUUUUUUUUUUUGCUGUUUAGUAUAUUAUGGCUUCUUUUCUUUUUUGAAUAUAACUUGCAUCCGAUAAAAUUGAAAUUUUCUAGCGAUAUAAAUGCAGAAGGCUACUAGUUUCUAAAUGUUGCAUUUGUUCAAUUUUUGAGUUGUGGCUUUGUUGCGAAACGUUUUAAACUAUUGUUUUCAUAGAAUGGAUAGCUACAUAAUAUUAAUAAGGAGUAAUUGACUUUUAACUUUCGGUAGAUAGAUUACAAUGCUCCUUUGUUACGAUAUCCUUAGAGGCUACAAACGUCAUCCGAUAUAUUUCUUUUUUAAUUGUGGGCCGAAAGCUUCUCUAAUUAAUAAUAUAAUUUUACGGGGUUAGUUGACUUUCAACCAUUUAUAACAUUCACUACUGUGUUAUGUUCCUUUAUUGUAAGCCUAUCAACAAUUUGAAAUUCAUUAUAAUUGUCUUACUGGGAUGAAGCUCACUGAUUUCGAAUUGGUUUUACUUUUUAUUAUAUAACUUUUUAUUAUAUAACUUUUUAUUAUAACUUUUUAUUAUAUAACUUUUUAUUAUAACUUUUUAUUAUAGAACUUUUUAUUAUAUAACGUUUUAUUAUAUAACUUUUUAUUGGGAUAAUUAUGCGAUGUUUCGUCAUAUUUGACAAAUCCGUAGCAAUUAUGUUUCAAGGCAAAUAUGAAUGUACAAUUUAUAUUGAUAUUUACGCUGACAUUUAUAACUAUUUGAUUUUAUGAAAUUAGCCAUGAUUUUAAAGUUGUAUUAUAGCUGAGGCCAAUUCGUUUACUAUUUUUAUAUCAAUUGCUAUUUUCAAGGCUUAAAUAAGUUGAUUUGUGUACUAAUAUGUAGCAAGUAAGUCAGUUAUCCGGUGUUGGAGUGGUAUAUGAAAAUAAAUCCUACACAUUUGUUACUGUACUUGCUUGAAAACGUUGAGAGAAUACUCUUCGAAACGUCGCCCAAAUAAAUCAGUAAUUGUUCUUCCAUAAGUAUGUGUAAUAGUUUAUUGCUCUAUCCAGUUACUAAAUGCCUCUAAAAGAUCAAAAUAAAUCCUGUUGGGACUUUUAUAUGGUUUUGAAUUCUGGAAGAACACACAGAAACCGUUGAAAAUAUAUGGUCACAGACAAUGUAUUUUUUUAACCUAUUACAAAAUUGUAUACACCCACUGUUUAACGCAGUUGUAUAUUGCAGUCACCUCUGUCUGCCCGUCUGUCCUUUCGACGGGAUUUCGUUCACAUUUCUUGUAGAGACUACAAUAACUCAUAGAUUUUUUUAAAAAAAUUUUAUGGGUUGUCUAGUCUAUCUCAUUGAAAUGAAAAUCGAAUCGUAUUGAUUUUCAAUAAUUUAUGAUAAUCACCUUCAGAUCUCUGCUCCUCUGUUACCAAAUUUGUUAGGCUGCAACUAUUAUUCUUCUUAUUAUGUAUAAGGUGUGACUGUCAUAUUACUAGCACCGCCUUUGUUAAUUUGUUAUGAGUUUAUGUUUUAGCUAAUAAAAUUUGGA